AUGGCCUCGCUCGUGAAGAAAAUAAUCAGCACUGCUAAGGCCCCCGCCGCAUUGGGUCCUUACAGCCAAGCAGUGCUGGUAGACCGGACAAUGUACAUUGCAGGACAGAUCGGUAUAGAACCUUCCACUGGUCAGCUUGUCCCUGGAGGGGCAAAGGAAGAAGCAAAGCAGGCUCUAAAAAACAUGGGAGAAAUCCUGAAAGCUGCAGGCUGUGACUAUGGCAAUGUUGUGAAGACUACAGUUUUGAUGGCAGACAUGAAGGACUUCAAUGAUAUUAAUGAUAUUUACAAACAGUUUUUCAAGACAAACUUCCCAGCCAGAGCAGCCUAUCAGGUUGCUGCUUUGCCCAAAGGUGCUCGAGUUGAGAUUGAAGCUAUUGCCAUUCAGGGACCCCUCCAAGAUGCUUCAGCCUGACUAUAAAUAGAGACUGAAUAUCUGACCACAACAAUUUUAGAUUUAAUACUUCUCCCUUACAUCCUAUUCCUACAGUUGACUAUCAGCAGUUAUGUACAGUUGAAAUCAGUAAACUUACCGAGGAAAGGUGCUUUCUUCUGGAUUAUGGCCUUGGAUUCUAAAAUAUGAGCUUUACAGCAAGUUCUCUGCCAGCAAACCCUGAAAUCUCUGGGAGUUCUGCAAGUAUCAGAUGAGCUUGAUUGCAGCACAGGGCCCUUGCUUUGUGAUGGUGACAUGAUAUUCUGGUAUUAAAGUACAUGUUUGGGUAAAUGUGUGACAGUUAUACUAUGGGUGAUCUGGACAUGAAAAACUCUAAUGAUUUGUAAUCGUAGGGUUUUAGUAACAAUUUUAAAUAAGAAAAAAUGGCAGAAAUGGGAAAACAGAGCACUUGAAUGGCUUAGUGUACGUAUUCACUUCUGUGUUUGGGGGAAUUUUGCUGGUUUUGUUUCUGAACUGUCUUAAACUCUUUCUUUACAGAACAAUUGCUGUUGGAACUCACAUUUUUUCAUAUGGAAGCAAUUGCUUUAGAAAGUUAAUUUCAGAAAGAAGAAAAUUACGCUUUUCUAAAAUAAAGUGCUAACUUUAUAGAUCAGCUGUAAAUUAAUUUCUACAUGUAAUGUUUUUCAUAGCAAUUCAACUUUGACUAUCUUUUGAUUUAAAACGAAACACUGAAAAAAAUCCUGCUUAAUGAGAAUAAAAAUGGCAUCUGUAAAA